GUAGAUAAUACUUAGGUUUGAAGCUCUCUUUACUAAUGUUGCUAGCUUCUGUGAUGAAUAUGUAUUUAAAAGGAAUAAAAUACUCGCCUGUUUGAAUGUUGAAGCUAAGGCUAAACCUAUUCAAAUUUAGUAGAUAAAAAUAGUAUAAUUAAAAAAAAUUUUUUAUUUAAGUUGUGGAAUUGUUCAUGAGUCCAUGUGACAUAAAAAAAAAUGAUAAAAUAAUUUAUGCUAUUGAUUAUUUGGAUUUCGGCCUACUUUACCCCAGUGUUUCAUUGUUUAAAAUAUAGACCUUUUAAUAGUGGAGGACUAGGGUGUGGUGUAUUUAAAUGCACUAUUAAUAUAAUACCUAACAGGUAAGUUGAGUUAUAGUACAGUUCAGCUGCAUUUACAUGUCACUCAUUGUCAAUGAUAUUGAAAUAAUUACAGUAUUAUUAUAGUAUUAUCAAUGUGUUUUAGGUAACUAUUUGAAUUUUCAAGACUCUUUGUUUUAUUUCCAAAGAUUAAAGUGUGUCAAUUUAAAUUUUAAAAUGUAUUUUUCAUUUCUGUGCUAUUUUGAUUUCCAAAGCACCUAUUUUGAUCAAUCAAUGACAAUGGGUUCAUGCAGAAAAUUGCCAAGGGAUCAGAAUCCUCCGUUUAUGAAUAAAUAUUUAAAAAUUAUUUAAAUAUUUUGCAAAUAGUAACUAAUUUUAUUUAUUGGAUUAUUUUUUUUUUAGAUCUUAUGGCACAUCGACCCACUGUGGUGUGCUAUAUUUGUGGUAGAGAGUUUGGUUCUAAAUCAAUUUCAAUUCAUGAGACUCAAUGUAUAAAAAAAUGGAAUACUGAGAAUGAUAAGCUACCACAAGCCCAACGCCGUCCUGCUCCAAUAAAACCACAGCUUCUCCCAGCUAUUGGAAAGUCUGCUGGAAAAUCUGAAAAUGAGCGUUUUAAUGAGCUUGCAUGGCAGGCAGCUCAGGCUAAUCUUGCAGAAUGUGAUAACUGUGGAAGAACUUUUCAACCUGAUAGAUUAGCUGUACAUCAACGCAGUUGUAAACCUGGUAAACCACUUAAGCCAUUGAGACAAAACACAAACAGCAGUGCCACAAAUAGUGACAUCAAAAGACCAGGAACAGCAACUCUCUCAUCACCUACUGUGCUAAAACUUGAUGAGACUGUAGAUAUAAACCAAAAUGAAAUAGCAAGCUCAACAACUUCUUUAUCAUCUCAGUCAGUGGUGAGUAGACCAAAAAGUGGGAAAAACAGCAACAGACCAUUAAGUGCAAAAGGUAGAACACGUCCAGAUUUGUCUGUGAAAAAGGAUCAGGGAGAGCUUCAAAUAAACGGACACUCAAAACCAGGAAAUACUGACACUAUGAGCCGUCAGAGCACGUAUACUGCACCUAUUCAAAAAGGGCCGCCAAAACCAAAAAGAGGGCCUCCUGGUUCGAAUUUUGUCGUUUGUUACAUUUGUGGAAGACAGUUCACAAAGGCAUCAAUAGGUGUGUUACAGUUUAAUAGGUCAAUAUAUUAAAACAUUAUACUUAAAAGCAAAUCCUCUAUUUUGCUAAGAGACUAAUAUUAUGUAACUUUUUACAAAUGUCACAACCCAUUAAUUUAAUUUCUUUUUUUUUUUUAAAUAUAAAAAUAAUUUUUUAGGGAGAUCAAAUUAUUAGAGUAGAAUAUUAAUUUUUUAAAACGUAUAUUUAAAAGGCAUUCAUGAACCUCAAUGUCUUGAGAAAUGGAAAAUUGAGAACAGCAAACUUCCUAAAGAACACAGAAGACCUUUGCCAAAGAAACCUGAGAUCCUUAAGUCUGGAGGCACAUACGAUGUAGAGGCAGCAAAUGAAGCUGCAUGGCAGGCAUCUCAAGCAAAUCUUGUACCAUGUCCUAAUUGUGGAAGAACAUUUAAUCCAGAUCGCCUGUCUGUCCAUCUUAGAGCUUGCAAACCUAAAGCUGGUAGCACAAGUAGGUUCACAUGUUAACAGUAAAUUUGAUGUGUGGAGCUGGAAGUCAUUUUUUUAUUGCCACAAUUUUUCUAAAUUAUUAUUGAUUUAAACUUCACUUAUUUCAUUUACACAAGAGACUUGAAAUUUAUGAUGAAAGACAAACAUGAUAGGCUUCAAACUGUUAUUUACUUCAAUUUAAAAGUAAUUUUGUGAUGAUAUUUUUGUUAAUCUGUGAAUUAAAACUCAAAACUUUUUUCCCUCACUUCAGAUAAUCCAUUUACUUUUAAAACAUGACUUUAAACCUUACUCUUUCCUGUUAAUAUUUUUGAAAAUCGACGCGUGAAAAAAAACAAAAGUAACAGCUGGGAUUUUCCAAAGGCUUUCAUCGUUAUAAACAAUAUUAUUUAAUUUAAUUUCAGUUGUGCAACAAAGUAAUAACAACUCCACUGCUAGUGGAACUGGCCCUCAAACAACCAAAGUAACAAAACCACGAGAAGAGUCACCACAGCGAGGACCUAGAACAGUCAUUUGCUAUAUUUGUGGGAGGGAAUUCGGAACCAAGUCAAUUGGGAUUCAUGAACCUCAGUGUUUGGACAAAUGGAAAACUCAAAAUGCACAAUUGCCCAAAGAAAUGCGCCGUCCCAUACCUCGCAAACCUGAAGGGUUAGCUAAUGGAAACCUCACAAGGUAACACAAUUUUAAGUUUAUUGACACAUUUUCCACUACAAGUUGUAAAUCAGAGAUGCUGAAGAGCUUAAAUCCAAGGUGUUCAGUUAGUGUCAUAAAAUCAAUAUAUAUAUAUAUAUAUAUAUAUAUAUAUAUAUAUAUAGACCUAUAUAUAUAUAUAUUGAGAGAAAUUUCUCAAUAAAUCAAUAUAUUAUUAUAUAAACAUGUUAAUCUGUUCAAUUAAAGCACUGAAAACUUGUUUGUAAAAUAAAAUUUGAAUAUGAUAAAAAUGCUAUAUAUAGGACCUCAUCCACAGAUGAAAAAAAUGUGAUGAACAUAUUUUAUAAAAAAAAAAAAAACAAGCAUAAAUUCAAGAGAGUGUUUCUAUUCCUAAAAAUUUUGAACCUAGAUUCUAAAAAACUUGUUUGUAAAAUAAAAUUUGAAUAUGAUAAAAAUGCUAUAUAUAGGACCUCAUCCACAGAUGAAAAAAAUGUGAUGAACAUAUUUUAUAAAAAAAAAAAAAAACAAGCAUAAAUUCAAGAGAGUGUUUCUAUUCCUAAAAAUUUUGAACCUAGAUUCUAUCAAUCAUACAAAAUUCUACUACAAGAAAAAAUAAAUGAUAUAACAAAAAGCAAAAGCAACCAGAACACAUUAUUCCCAAAGCAUCAAGGAUUACAGAACAACAAUGUAAAUUGGCAAGAAAAUUACCUCUUUAGCAGUUAUCACACUGUACAAAGACAUCCAAAUUCACACCAAAGAUGUAACAAGCGAACUGCAACAUCACAUAAACUUUUUGGCACAUAUAAAUCAUGAAAUGCCCAUAAAACAAAUUUUCUCUAUAAAAUUUAGAAAAGAAUAAUAACUGUUUUUAAAAGAAACCUCAAAAUCAAGCAAGAAAGAUAUCCGAUCAAAUAAAGGAACCCACUAACAAGAAAAGUCUCAACUAUCAAACCUAGUGUUGCAAAGUAUGAAAAUUGUUUGAUCCUCAGUGUUGUCCAGUUCGAUAAAUCCGUACAAAUCAGACAUCCAUAGAAAAGACAACAAUUGUUGGUGCAAUAAAUGACAUACCUCUUAAUAUAUUACAGUUGAUAUUUAAACUAUCAUUUUAAUGGCCAAGGAAAGAAAGACAAUUAACAAUCUAAAAGACUGGAUUCAGAAUAUUGUACUAAAGAAUAGGGACAAAUCUCAAUACUUCAAAACAUUCCAUAAGGUCAAGUGAAAAUGACAGCAACCCCACAAAAUAUUAUUUAAAAAAAUGUGUCCACUCCUUAAAACAUUAUAAAGGUUCAUUAUUUUUUUCUUUGACUACAUCUACAUUAAAAAUAAUUAACACAAACUAAAAAAAAUUAAAUUAUGUUAUAAUGUUAGAUUUACAAAAAGUAUAAAAAAGUUGCUUUUUAGGCACUGUAUUUAGGAAAUUAAGAUAUUUUAAAGAGAUGCACUUUUAGCUUUUCUUAUAAUAUUAUAUAAUUAUGAAUAUAUAAUUUGUUAAAACAACAGGGACCAGAUGAAUGAAGCAGCUUGGGAAGCUUCCAAAGCUCAACUUGUACCAUGUCAAAAUUGUGGCCGAAAGUUUGCACCAGAUCGACUUGUUGUUCACCUGAGAGCCUGUAAACCAAAAGGUGGAGUUGUAGGCGGAACUUCCACUGGAGGUGGUCAAAAUGUAAGUAAUCAGUUAAUCUAAUUUGUUCAGGUUUCCAUUUUAUAUAAAGAUUUUCUGUAAAAUAAAUAAAAAAUAAAAAAAUAAGUUAAAAUAUUUAUAAAUCAGUAUGGUGUAGAAUUUAACAAAUUUUAAUAUUUAACAGUUUUUGUGUCCUUCUUUUAAACAAAAUUAAGCCACCACCUUCUAAACCACCGCCAGUCAUGAAGCGACCACCCACUAUUAUUUGCUACAUUUGUGGAAGAGAAUUUGGCUCAAAGUCCAUAUCUAUCCAUGAGCCCCAGUGCUUACAGAAAUGGCAUAUUGAGAAUGACAAGCUUCCUAAAGCUAUGAGGCGUCCAGAGCCCCGUAAGCCAGAAGUUAGGGCAGUGGCAGGUAAAUAGUGGCUUUUGCCAUUGCUGCUUGGAAUUUCUGUCAGCUACAGAAAAGUGGUCUUUCUCUUAUUUCAUGUUAUGAAGUCUGCUUUGAAGAUCUUUUAACAGUUUUCAAUGUAGCGAAAAUAAGAAUGUCUCUCAUAAUUAAAAAAAAACCAAACUAACUAUUUAUAUACAUUAAGAUAACUAAAGUACUAUUUUGUUACUUAUAUCUUACCUAAAUUAGCCAUAAGUUAAAGUCUUCCAGGAAAAUGACAUCAAAGAAGUUAAAAAUUUCACAAAGGCUGCGACUAUUCGCACCCAGGUAUUAGAAGUGAGAGGUUGGGAUUAAAAAACUAUUUAAAAUAUUAUUGUUGGGUUUGUAAGACAAAAUAAGGUAUCAAAUGAAAGAUAAUUGAAUGGACUAUAUGUUUGUAAACUUACUUCUUCAUUUUAACUAAAAUAAUCUACCACAAAUGACAUCUGAAUGUAAUUUAGUCUAAAGGGACCCAGGUCCAAAUAGCGGCUAUGCCUACCUGGGUCAAUUUCAUUUAUAAAGCUUUUUAUCAACUAAAGAUAGUGUACUUUGGUCAAUAUUUAAUAGAGUUCUAGACUUCAUUUAGAAAUUUAUUAGCCUUUGAGUUAAAAAAAUAACAAUUAGGCCUACAUAUUUUUGUUAACUUGAAAAUAUCUCUCAUGUGCAAAUAAUUUCAUAGGACGUGUCAGAAACCUUAAUUAUUGCACUUGUUAUCACUUUCACAUAUAUAUAUAUAUAUUUUUAAAAAUAAGAUAUUAAUUAUUUUAGCAAUUUAGGUUUAACUUAAAAUAGUUUAGUCUAGCCUCAAACCUUCAAGUCAAACUUAACAGAUUUAACCUUUUGGGGAUCAACUUUUCAUGUUCAUUAAGGUUUAUUUUUUUAAUCAAAGUAUAAUAAAUUAGAAGAUUUCACCAAUAGUUUCAACUCAUCUAAGUUGUAAACAAUCUACUCGAGAGUAGAAUGUUUAGAACUUGCAUUUAAUCUGGAAAAGUUACGUGUAUUUGAAGAAAUUACAUCAGAAGAUGAGAGAAGGAUUCAAGAAAUUAAUAAACUCAUGAUCUGUUUUCAGGCAGCAAAACUGGGUCCUAUGACACGGAUGCAUUGAAUGAAGCUGCGUGGCAGAGUGCACAAGCGAACCUGUGUCCCUGUGAUAAUUGUGGAAGAACAUUCCUACCAGAUAGACUCAUUGUCCACCAAAGAAGCUGUCGACCUAAACCACCAAAAGCAGAAGCUUAAAUCAAUAGGCUCACGACUUAUUUCUAAAAUAAAUGUAUAAACAUCUAUAUGAAGUAUUGAUACCAUUUUAUUUUUCAAGAUGCUCCUUCAGCAAAUAUUAAAGCUAUGCAGCAGUCAAAUGGCUGAGCAUCUAUAUUUCAUUAUGUUGCUAUGCGACUUGCUAUAAAUAUUUAUGAAUAUAUAAUAAUAUAAAUAUAAAAAUAGAAACAAUGUUUUUUAAACUAAUGUAUAUUUUAUGUUUUAUUCAGUUAACUUCCUUUAGUGAGAUGAAACAUGACUGACAUGAAUUGCCAGGAAAAAAUAUUCUGAUUAAAAAAUUUCUUCUAUAAUUAUUUUCCCCCUCUGUUGUGUUAAUUUAUAUCAUUAUAUCUAUAAUUUAUUUUAAUGAAACUUUUUGACAUACAUCAUUUUAAAAAAUUUACAUUUAUUAUUAGUUUAGUUUAUAAAAUUUUUAUUGUAAAUAAUUUUGACAUUUUCUUGUAUCUAAAAAGAAAAGAUUUUCUUCAACAGCUUGUAUUUAUUUGUACCGGGUAUAUUUGUCUCCUAUAUCUUAUGCACUUAAUUUUGCCCCAUCUUAGCACCUUAAUAGUUUGAAAAU